AUGGAAGAGAUGGAAGAGGAGCUGAAAUGCCCGGUGUGCGGCUCCUUUUACCGGGAGCCCAUCAUCCUGCCCUGCUCGCACAACCUGUGCCAGGCGUGCGCCCGCAACAUCCUGGUGCAGACACCCGAGUCGGAGUCGCCGCAGAGCCGCCGCGCCUCGGGCUCGGCCGUCUCCGACUACGACUACCUGGACCUGGAUAAGAUGAGCCUCUACAGCGAGGCGGACAGCGGCUACGGCUCCUACGGCGGCUUCGCCAGCGCUCCCACCACCCCCUGCCAGAAGUCGCCCAACGGCGUCCGCGUCUUCCCGCCGGCCGCCCCGCCGCCCCCCGCCGCCCUGGCGCCGCCGCCGCCGCCGCGCAACGCCUGCCUCACCUGCCCGCAGUGCCACCGCAGCCUGGUGCUGGACGAGCGCGGGCUGCGGGGCUUCCCCCGCAACCGCCUGCUGGAGGGCGUCAUCGACCGCUACCAGCAAGGCAGGGCGGCGGCGCUGCGCUGCCAGCUCUGCGAGAAGGCGCCCAAGGAGGCGGCCGUCAUGUGCGAGCAGUGCGACGUCUUCUACUGCGAUCCCUGCCGCCUGCGGUGCCACCCGCCGCGGGGGCCGCUGGCCAAGCACCGCCUGGUCCCGCCGGCCCAGGGCCGCGUCAGCCGCCGCCUCAGCCCCCGCAAGAUCUCCACCUGCACCGACCACGAGCUGGAGAACCACAGCAUGUACUGCGUCCAGUGCAAGAGCCCCGUCUGCUACCAGUGCCUGGAGGAGGGCAAGCACUCCAGCCACGAAGUCAAGGCGCUGGGCGCCAUGUGGAAGCUCCACAAGAGCCAGCUUUCCCAGGCCCUGAACGGCUUAUCAGACAGAGCCAAGGAAGCAAAAGAGUUCCUGGUCCAGCUCCGCAACAUGGUGCAGCAAAUCCAGGAGAACAGCGUGGAGUUCGAGGCCUGCCUGGUGGCCCAGUGUGACGCCCUCAUCGAUGCCCUCAACAGAAGGAAAGCCCAGCUGCUGUCCCGGGUCAACAAGGAGCACGAGCACAAGCUGAAGGUGGUGCGAGACCAGAUUUCUCACUGCACGGUCAAGCUACGCCAGACCACGGGCCUGAUGGAGUACUGCCUGGAGGUCAUCAAGGAGAACGACCCCAGCGGCUUCCUUCAGAUCUCCGACGCUCUCAUCAGGAGAGUGCACUUAACCGAGGACCAGUGGGGAAAGGGGACGCUCACACCCCGGAUGACCACGGACUUCGACCUGAACCUUGACAACGCCCCUCUGCUGCAGUCCAUCCACCAGCUUGACUUCGUGCAGAUGAAAGUUUCCUCCCCAGUGCCGGCCCCCCCGAUCCUGCAGCUAGAGGAGUGUUGCACCCACAACAACAGUGCCACCUUGUCCUGGAAGCAGCCCCCCUUGUCGACGGUGCAGGUGGAAGGCUACAUCCUGGAGCUCGAUGACGGCAACGGCGGCCAGUUCAGGGAGGUGUACGUGGGCAAGGAGACCAUGUGCACGGUGGACGGGCUUCACUUCAACAGCACGUACAGCGCACGUGUCAAAGCCUUCAACAAAACGGGAGUCAGCCCAUACAGCAAGACCCUGGUCCUCCAGACAUCUGAGGACACGCAGUCAGAAGAACAGACCCUCCCUUUUCCAGUGCCUUUGGAAAGAUCGCAGCUUCGUAGAAUGAGUCCUUUCUCCUCCACCCUUAAUCUACAACCCAGCUUUCCGGGGAGAUCCUACUUUGAGCUAAGAUCUUCGGCCCACCAGCUGAGCUUGCAUUCUUCUUUACAGUCCCUGAAUUCAGCCGGAUGCAAUUUUGAGACACAAGGAACGCCUUACUCUCAAUUAGUUGACAUUAAAAAAAUGGUGGCAGUUGCUUGGUUUUCUUUCGAUCCUGCCUCUGCCCACGCUGACAUCAUCUUUUCUAAUGACAACCUGACUGUCACCUGCAACAGCUAUGAUGACAGGGUUGUGCUGGGGAAAACGGGCUUUUCGAAAGGGCUCCAUUACUGGGAGCUGUCAAUCGAUCGUUACGAUAAUCACCCUGACCCGGCCUUUGGCGUGGCACGCAUUGAUGUCCUGAAGGAUGCCAUGCUGGGCAAGGACGACAAGGCCUGGGCCAUGUACGUGGACAAUAACCGGAGCUGGUUCAUGCACAACAAUUCCCACACCAACAGAACCGAGGGUGGGAUAACGAAAGGCGCCACAGUGGGAGUGCUGCUGGAUUUGACCAGGAGGACCUUGACGUUCUCCAUCAACGAGGACCAGCAAGGGCCUGUGGCCUUCGAAAACCUGGAGGGCCUCUUCUUCCCCGCCGUCAGCCUCAACAGGAACGUGCAGGUGACGCUGCACACCGGCCUGCCGGUCCCCGAAUUCUACGCUUCGCGCUCGGCCAUGCCGUGA